UCAAGUUUGUUCCCCGAGUUCGGAGCCCAGGAUCCCCCGCGGCCGUGGCGCAGGUUCCCUCCGCCGGGGUUGGGAUGGAGCUGCCGGCCGUGAACCUGAAGGUGAUUCUCCUUGUUCACUGGCUGCUGACCACCUGGGGCUGCAUCGUGUUUUCUGGCCCUUAUGCCUGGGCCAACUUCACCAUCCUGGCCCUGGGCGUGUGGGCUGUGGCUCAGCGGGAUUCCAUCGACGCCAUUAGCAUGUUUCUGGGGGGGUUGCUGGCUACCAUCUUCCUGGACAUCGUCCACAUCAGCAUCUUCUACCCGCGGGCCGGCCUGUCGGACACCGGCCGCUUCGGCGCCGGCAUGGCCAUCCUCAGCCUGCUGCUCAAGCCCUUCUCCUGCUGCCUGCUCUACCACAUGCACCGCGAGCGCGGGGGCGUGCUCCCCUUCCACACUGAUGACCUUGGUCCUUCUCCAGAGCGCAGUGCCUACCAGACUAUCGACUCCACAGAAGUUCCAGCAGACCCCUUUGCAGGCCCAGAUGGCAGGGGCCAGGCCACCCCCCGAGGGUAUUGAAGCCUCCCUGGGGCCCUCCUGACCCCGGCUGCAUCAUCUUUGGAUGCUUG